AUGGCUCACCAUCCCCGUACCUACGCUGGCCGUAGCAGUGACGACGACGAAACCGCUAGCAGUGCGUCUUUCCGUCUAGACUCGGACGACGCGGCCGGUGUGGAUUUGCAGACGGAUGCCACAGAUGUCACAGACUCCGAUGUGCCUCCUCCAACUCGCUGUAGAGGCAAAGGUCGACCCCGUCAGAACCGCUCUAUACAGAGACCUUCGUGGGGAAAGUCUCACAAGAGUGAGAAAGGGUCUCCUUCUCUAAGCCGCCUAGCGACGGACUCAGACUGCAGUUCUAGUGGCGAUGAUGUCAAUGUCGACGUCCGCCAUUCUCGAAGUCCUGAGCAACGAUGUUCCCAGAAGAAAAUUCGAAAGCCUGCUACUCUGUCAGGAGCCCCAACACGAAACAACGAUUCGAACACCAGCUCCAGUGACGAUGACUGCAGUGGCAGUGGCUUUGACAGUGACUCUGACACGGACCCCGACAUUGACUCGGAUGGCGAGUUAUCAUCAGACAGUGAUGAUGAUGGUUACGCGGACGGCACCAGAAGAAACAUUACGCGGAUGGACGAGAGAUGGGAACGGUAUUGCCGAAAGAGGAAUAAGAGAUACAGGGCGCUACCAGAUUCCUUGUGGGCGAAUCCUGCUUCGGCUCUUCGCGAAGCAAGGAAAAAGGAGUUGACUCUGUUCCUUCGUUGGUGCCUACGUUUGCGGCGAGGGAAGAAUGGCCGGAAGCUAAAGGGUAUCAAGAAAUUCAAGUCUUUGGAUACCGAUUGGAAGUCAUUCCUCCGUCACUAUGAAAAGGUUACCGGGGAACCCAUGGACAAUGCGCUCGGAAGGCGAAUGAGAAAGAGUAUUCGCAGGAUUGCAAGGGAGCAUGAAUUAGAUACGGAUGAAAAAGAAAAGACCCCGAUGUUUAUUGAAGACGUGGUGCCACUGCAGGAGACAACACUACGUACAAUGGAGAAACGGUUCGAUCUUGGUCUUCAGCGCAUGCAACAAUGUCUCUACCCUUUAAUGGCAUGCUUUACGGUAAAUCGGAUCAAUGCUAUGCGUCGUCUUCAGUACCAGCAUCUCCAGUGUUCGAUCCAACGGGAUCCUCAUGGGGGACCGCCCCGAAUCCUCCUGGAGAUCAAGUAUAAAUUUGCGAAGAAAUACAUGGGUGUGACGCAAGCUAACACCUUCCCCCUCCCCGAAGUCAUUUAUGAUCCGUCGUUGAUGCUGAGCCCUCAUACGUUCCUUCUCGGAAUUCUCUUUCAUGAUGAUGCAUUUCGAGUUCCGGGAAUAAAGUCCAUGGAGGACCUGCGACGCUUGUGGGUGGAGGAUGGCCGCCAGCAGAUGGAGGUCCCAUUGAAACGGGACAAGGCUAAACAUUAUGUAUUCUGCAAGGUCAAAAGCGUCCGCGGCAAGAUUCAGAUACAUCGCGAUCAGCCUAUCUCCCAAAGUACCCUAUCUCGACAGCUCAAGACCUUUGGGGAGAUCGCCGGCUUUAAGUGGUCAUUGUUCACGCAUCGGUUCCGGUACGGUGGCGGCACCAUUCUAAAUGAAAGCG